ACAGACUCCAAACCGACCGAGCAGCGAUGGUGUCGGACUUGGAGCUGGUGGAGCGGCUGCAGGAGGUGCUGCGGUCGUCGGACCUCAACACCACGACCACCGCUGCCUUGCGCCGCCGCCUCGAGGAGGACUUCGGCGCAGACCUCUCCCACAAGAAGGCUUUCAUCCGGGAGCAGGUUGACCUCUUCCUCGCCGAGGUCGCCGCCAAGGCCGAGCCAGAGGAGCCCAAGGAGGAGGAGGAGCUCGAGGACGCGCCGGUGCCUAAAGCGGAGGAGGCGGAGGAGGGCGAGGGGGUGGAGGAGGAGGGCGAGGGGGAGGAGGGGGGAGAGGAGGAAGAGGAGGAGGAAGAGGAGGAGGUGGAUAGCAGCAGCGCCCGGAAGAAGCAGCGGGGUAAUGAUGGCAAGAAAAGGGGUGGUGGCUUUACAAAACUAUGCAGUCUUUCCCCGGCACUUCAAGAGUUUGUCGGCGCCUCUGAGUUAGCCAGGACAGAGGUUGUCAAGAAGCUUUGGGCAUAUAUUCGAGAAAAUAAUCUGCAAGACCAAAACAAUAGGAGGAAGAUUUUGCCUGAUGAGAGAUUGAAGAAGAUCUUCAAUGUCAAUUCCAUUGAUAUGUUCCAAAUGAAUAAAGCUUUGACCAAGCAUAUCUGGCCAUUGAAUUCUGAGGGUCCUGUCUCUCCUGACAGAUCAACACCCAAAGAGAAGCCACAAAAGAAAGACAGGAAUGAAGGAAAGAAGCAAAAGGGUGGCUCUUCAGGAGCUGGAUCUGGUCUUCUUGUGCCCCUUCAACUUUCGGAUGAUUUAAUGAAAUUUAUCGGCACUGGUGAGAGCAUGUUAUCACGAUCGGAUGUUGUGAAGAGAAUGUGGGACUACAUAAAAGAGAACAACCUGCAGGAUCCUUCUGACCGGAGGAAAAUAAUCUGCGAUGAGAAACUGAAGGACCUAUUAGGAGUUGAAACGUUCACCGGCUUUACUGUUUCAAAGCUGCUUGCCCCCCAUUUUACCAAGACGAAGUAGCAACCCGCCAUCCAGAUCUUCUAAACCCCCAAAAGGCUGGGUGAUCAUGUUUUGCAGAAUGUGUAAUCAUGGAACAGUUAGGAGCUAUGUGAGUGGUGUGAAAUUUUUUUACAUGUGGGAGUCGGUGGCACUUUCCGAAUGUUACCAGUAAAGUAGGU